CACCAAUAACACCCAGACAGAUUGGCCUGCAUGCCUCAAACCUUGUCCUUGGACUCCUCUGCUGUCAGAGACUAAAUGACAUCAUGAAGGACUUGUCUCUCUCCCUGCUGAGUCGGGGUUACAGCCGAUUCGUCUCGUCCAACACAAACGCCGGGAGACACGAUGGACGACUGGAAGUGUGCUUCACACCUGAGGAUUACUUCAUCUGGAAGUCCCGGGACUCUCUCCUGCGUUUGUCCGAGAGUGGCCGUCUGUUUGCGGAGGCGGAGUCCACCCUUCCAAAGACGUACAGCACUCGCAGGGGGCCACUCCUGCUGUACUCUCAGGACUUGGUUACUGUAGAAACCGGUCUUCAAUCCGAGAUGAGAGAGAGGAAGAAAAAGGUUGUUCAGCGUUACACACAGGAAGUGGAACAGCAGCUGAGCACCCUGAGGGAGCUGACAGCGGCCAUUUUGAACUACGGCAACAACCAGUUCCACUUCUCCAGACUUGGUCCACUCUUUUUUCCUCCUCUCCACGUCCCAAUUACUCCAGACCUUCAUCCUCUCAGUCCUUCACCAACCUGCACAACAUCAGAGCAGCCCAGUCCAGAUUUGCUAGCAAGGUUGAAUUCCCAACUGGGCUUCAGUCACGUUCCUGCAGAGAGAAAUACUGCACAGCUGACCAAUCAACCUGAAGGUAAGAAGAAACCACAGAAUCUGCAGCCAGAAGAACAGAAAUUCCAUAAAGAUUAA